AAGUCGUAGAACCGAAAACUGUCGGAAAUUGACGAAGUGAUAAAUCGUUCUAUUCCGAUCGAGUCGACGGAAACUACCGAACAAAUUUGAUAGAGGCAAAGGAAAAGAAAGGAAAGCAAUAAUAAAAAAAAAGCGAAAAGUCUUGACAAGAUGACUCCACUUUGUUGCCUGCUAUGGCUUUGAUAUGUUUUAGAUUAUUACACUGACCAUUUCCAACGAAAAUAUUUGACUGGUAAAUUAUGAAAGUAAAAUGUAGAAGACAAGCUGUCAUCUAAAGUGACUUGAAGUGUCAAGUUGUAUAGCAGUGCUGGUUUAAGUGGUGCCGAAUCAUGUCGCAGAAAGUGACACAAGCAAAUGUUAAGAGUUGACUAAAAAUGCCAAGACAGAUGUUUCUGCGAAAUCUCGGCUUGUCUCAUUGCAUCUUUCCCAGUUCAGGCAAGUCUGGUGUUGUCGGACCUAAAAAAUCAGAACAGUUGACCAUCAGCCAUGGAGUUGUCAGUGAUUCUCAGAAUAAAUCGGGUCCGAAUGAAACAGAACCUUUGUCCAGUGAAAUGGAAACUGUAAUUAUUCAAGGAACAGAUUUUGCUAAAGAAUUUGAAAAGCCCAAUGAUCGUGCCAGCCAUAUUAAAAUUGGUCGGGCUAAACAGAAAAUUAUUGGUAACCAAGGAACUAUUCUUCAGUGUACCAGUCUGAAUGUUGCCAGCAGCAAUAACAGAAGCGAUGGCAAACUUAAUGCUGUUGCCCAAAAACCUACAGUGGCUCAAUCUGUUGAAACUGCAACAAAGAAAAACGAUGGGCCUUGCCGAACAAGUGACUUAGAAGGAAGUGCAGCUAGCAGCUGUUCUGCUGUCAAGACAAACUGCAAAAAAGCUGGAAGUACUGCUGUGCCAGUUACUACUAGUUGUACGAUAACAGCUGCCUCAGGAAGAAAGGACGGAAGCUUUGUUGGAAGAGGAAAUGUCCAACUAGUCAAUACUAGUUGUAUUACCAAAGGAAAGAUUCUCACAAGACCAACUCCUAUUGUUCCUCCACCUUUAAGACCUAAUGAUAAUUCAAAAACUAUGAGACGUAAUUCAGCUUUUACAAACAUGAGACCAGUUGUUCCGAACCCUGGGAAUAUAUUUCCUGGUUCUACUCCACCAAGGGUUCGAAAUCCUGGCUCCAACUUCAAUACACCUCGACCAGGUGUUUGUGUACAAGGCAAUUUAUAUGGUAGACCAAAUGUUCCAAUGGGCAAUGUGAGGAAUGCCAGACAGAUGGGUAUGGUGAACAGAUUCAACACCCCCCGAUCAGUGGGUGGAAUACUUGUGCGACCAAGUGGUUCUCCUUUGAUGCGACCAACAUGUCCUGGAACUAAGGGUAAUCAGCUAAUUAUGUCCAGUGUUUCUAAUAUUGUGAAUCCAAAGAUUGCAGGUUCUAGCAAGCAGAAUGUCAAAGCGAAUUCUAAUACUACUACUACUACUACUAUGACUACUACUACUAGUACUUCAUCUACUACAACUACUACAGCAACUACUACUACUACUACAACUCCAACCACAACUACUACUACAACUAUUAAUAAUGUUAAUAUUAAAAAUAAUGUGACUUUUACCAACUCUAAAAGCAAGGCAUUAGCAUCAGAUGGAAAUAGUGGCAAGGCCAACAAUGGGAGGAAUUUGGUAAAAUCAAAACCUGAAUCAAACAAAGUGAUUAGUGAAACAAAAACACAGGUGAACACAAGUAACUCUACUCUUGAUUUAGAUGUCACUAAAAAGAUCAGCAAUAAUAAUAAUACUACUACUAAUAAAAGUGCCAAUGUUGGUGCUACUAAGUUUUCUGAGAACAGUCAAGUAAAUGUAGCUAGUAGUAGUAGUACUAAGUCGAACAGUAUUGUAAAAGUUGCAAGUAGCACAGCAGUACAUACAGUGCCAUCUUCCAGCUCAUCUAUUACAAACGACAAGUUAAUCAUCACCACCACCACUAAUACUGCUACUGCUAUAAAAGCAAGCCUCAAACCAAGUGGAACUAUUUCUACAAGUUUACCAAAUUCUACUCCAGUUGCUUCUGUCAGUGGACAGUUACAAUCUUCAUGUACUGAAACUAAAGAAAAGGAACAACAUCCACCAGAUUCCACUGGGGCAGAAGAGAGCUGUGAUGUAUUGGAUGACAGUGAAGGAUCUAAAAGUGCCAUUUCAUUCUCUUUUUGUCGAAAAAUGGGGCAAAAGUUAUCAUCUUCGGUUCCAUUUGGUAAGGAAAGAGAUGAAAAACUGUUACAUUCUGGUGAAAGUGAGAGAGAACCUAAAGAAAUUAAAGCAGCUGAAGAAACCAGUGAUAGUGUUGAGAAAGGUGAUGCAGAAAAGUCUGAGAAGUCUUCUGAAGAGAAGCCAGCUGCUAAAGAAUUGCCACCUGCUGGAAUGCCAUUUUUAAAAGUUCUUAACAAAGAACAAACCCUUGAGUUAGACUGGCCUGUUGAAAUGAUCCAGUAUACAAAGACUCAGCCCCCCAUAACCUAUAGCUGUAAUCCUCUCUUCUUUGACUUCAGUGAAUUAUUACCGAAGAAUAAAUCUCAGAAAAGCGAUGAUGUUUCUAAAACUAAAGUAAAAGGGAAAAGUGAGGAGAUGUCAACUGUGAAGGUGGAGGUAAAUAGCUUCACUAACAAGGAUGAACUGAAGGAAAGUAAGCCAUUGGCAAGGAAGUCUAAGAAGAAAAAGCGAAAAUUGUCCACUCAACAUCACUCUGAUGAAGAUGAACCAAAAGCAAAGAAGAAGAAGAAAAAGAAACACAAGAAGAAAGAGCAUAAAACAGAGGAAGGUGUUUCUGGCAAAGAUGAUAAUAAGAAUGUGUCUGUGGAAAGUGGGAAGAAUAAAAGACAUAAGAAGAAAAAGAAACGAUCUCAUCAAUCUGGCACCAAGUCUGAUACUGAGUUAGGAGACGGUGGUGAAGCAGUUCGGAACAAGAGUUCACAUAAAAGCAAACAUAAAAAACACAAGUCAAGAAAAUCCAAGAAGAAAAGGCACAAAAGUGAUGAGUUUGAGAAGCAAUCCCAAAGUGGCCAUGAGAGCGAAGAGGAAACUACAGGUCCAUAUGGCAUCGGUCUGAAAAAUAAACAGUUGAAGAAAAGAAAAUCACAACUGAAAUCUGAAAGUGGUAAUGUUUCUUCAGAAGAAGAAACUACAGCAGCAGCAUCUGAUAAUAGUAAGGUCACCAAAGUUCACAAAACCAAAGUUAAAUUAGUAGGUGUUGAUCGAAGUGAAUUACCUGAGCUGGACUCUAAGCAGUCCACUGCUGCUGCUACUACUACUGCCAUUUCUAUGGGUGAAGAGGAAAAACCUGAUGUAAGUAAGAAAAGGCCUGUGAGCGUUGGUACUUCUGGUUCUUUAUUUGAAUCUAUGGAUGAUUGUAAGAAAAUUUCAAAAGAAGAAACUGUUUGUGUAAAGGCUGGUUCUAGCAGCGAGAGGAAGCGCCAUUCUGGUGAUACUGAUUCCCCUUUAAGUAAGAGGAAAGCAUCUAAAAAUCCUUGUAUAAAGAGUGAAGAAGACACAUGGAGUAAAAUGGAAAAUCUAUUUGAAGCUCGCUUCGACCCGGAAGGGAACAAAGCAUCAUGGGACACAAGCAGUGAUAGUGAUGUUGAAUCCCCUGUUAAUUCAUGUUUGAAGUCUAAAAAUAACAGUGAAGUCUUUAAGAGAAAGAAGAAUGGUGAUGAAUCUAUACAGACCGAUAAAAAAGAAAAUAAUAAAAAUAAUAAUAAUAGCAACAACAACAAUAAUAGUAAUAACAAUAAUAGUAAUAAUAAAAGUGCAUUUUCAAGUUCGAAAGUUGACUCCCGUAUUGAAAAUUAUCAUCAAAGCUCUGGAAGUGAUACGGAUCAGCCUUCUUGCUCUGUACAGAAAAGCUACAAACGAAAGAAAUGUUAUUCUGGUGAGAGUCAUCACAGUGAGAGUCAGUGUCGAAGCAGGGAACAUUCUUAUAGCUCAUCUUACAGCGAUAGAGACUCGCAUUAUUCAGACAAAUCAAAACAUAGGCACUCUAGGUCACAUUCAUCCAGCAAUUCUCGAUCGAGGUCACGAUCACGGUCAGUGUCCUACGAAAGACAUGGUUCUCACAGAGGUCGACGUUACUCCUACAGUAGUUAUUCGGAAGACGACUAUCGUUACAGGCGCAGGCGUACGGCAUCACGCUCUUGCAGCCGGCACCGGUCUCGAACUCGUUCCAGCUCGUACAGUCAUUCUAGAAGAUACAGAUCCUAUUCCAGUGAACACCGGUCAUACACUAGCAGCAGUAGCCGGUCAAGAAGUCGAUCAGAGUCACGGGGUCGCUCUCGCUCAUAUUCCUACUCACGAUCACACUCCAAAUCUUCCUCCUACUCGAGGUCGCGAUCAAGGUCACGGUCGUAUCAUAAGUCUCAUUCAAAGUCACGCUCACCCCACAAAUCUAAAUCAGAUUACAGACACAAAAGUAGUCCAGAACCCAGAUACAGUUCUUCUUACUCGACCAAAAAAUAUUCUCAAAGUCUUCAGAGUAAAAAGAGUGACAAUGAUAAAAGUGGUAAGCUUGAUCCUGCUAAAAUUCCAAUGCCUGGUGAUAUCAAAGAUGGUGGAAGUGACCAACAGGACAAAAGUAAAGGGAAAAGUUCCCCAGGAGAAAGUACCAAGUCAGCUACACCUGUCAGUGAAGCUAGCACUGCAACCACCAGUGUCACUAGCAAGGCUGACACAGCUGGGCAGAGCAACAACAGUGAUGCAAAACCAAGCAGUGGUGGCUUGAAAAAUAUUCCCUUGCCUCCUUUCCAAGUGGCAGAGGCUGCCCACUUGACACCCGAAAAUCAAACACGCCCACCCCCUCCCCCUCCCCAACUCAUACCUCCACCGCGCUUCCCAGCUGCUGCAAAUGAUAAUCUCUUGCAUCCUCUACCUGACCUCUCGCAGCCACCACCCUCUGCGGCCAUCAUUCCUACCUGCCCACCACCCCCUCCUCCCCCACCGCCACCACUCAACAUGAACAUGCCUGCACUGCCACCUACCAGAAUGGGGGCACCGUCAUUGUAUGGCCACCUCAGCCUGCCCACUCGGGAGCCAACACCCAUGAAUGUUCCACCUCCGCCACCUCCUCCAAGAACGCCGCUACCAUUCACACCUCGGUCGGUGACACGCCUGGAACAGACCAAGGAUGGUAGUGUUGUUGUAAAACCUGCAAUAGAACAAAAUAUACAAAGCCUGCCAGCCACCCCCAGUUUGCUGCCUUUAGUUGUGGAGGCUGUGGAGAAGGAAAUGACACCACCUCUUCCACCCCCUAAGUCGCCCCCACCCCAACCACCCCCUCCACCCAAGAAAGAGGAUGAGAAAAAGAGCUGUGAAGAUAUCUCGCCAAUGCCACUCCCUAUCAUCCCUCCAGAACAGGCAGAGCAGUACAAGCACUUACAGGAGAUGGCACAGAAACAUGCAUUAAAGCAACAGAGGCGUCAGCAUCAGAAGGAGACAGGCCAAGUUGAAGAGAGUGAUGAUGAUGAGUCAAUGGAAAUGGAAGGGCAGGUUUCGACUGUAGUGUCUGAUGAAGAGACCGAUGAGCAACCUGGAAUUUUGGCUUUGCCGGAACCUGAACCUCAGCACUUACAGCAGCAGAUUCUCUUACCGCAGGCGCAACACGCCGGUAGCCCAGUCAUUGCACACCACCCUAUGGUGCCGUUCUCUCAACAGCAGCAGAUAAUGAUCCCUCCAAAUGCGUUGCUCCAGUCUCAGGGCACGUUUCCAAUCCAGGCUGGAGGACCAGUUAUCGCCAUUCCACAGAUGUCUCAUGGAGCAGCCCAUCACCACCAUCCGCACCAUGCUUUGGCUGGUCACCAUGCUCUCCACCAUCACUUACAUGCAACUGCUGCUGGGCUACCAAUAGCUGCUGCAGCCCAUCCAUUUCAUCAUCAACUCAUCGCGGCUCCCAGUCAACUUAUGCCAUUGGCUUCACCUCAGCCACUCCUCACUCAGAUACACCCCCCAGGCUCAAUAAUUAUAGGUCAUCAGGUAUAUAUACCAAGGUUCCCCAGAGCUAUUUAAUAAUUUAAGACAUUGACUUUUUUUAUUAUUUCCGGUUGUCUAAAAACAUAGUCAAAGGGGACAACACCAGAAUGCAAAAAAAAAGAAGAAAAAAAUGAUAUAUAAAAGUAAAUAACAAAUAAAAAAGAGACACUCUAAAAUCCCAAUUUAGCCAUCUUAAUUUAUACAAUCUCUACUCUAUUUCUGUCGAUGAAGUGGUUUCUCUUGUUUAAAGACAGAAAAAAUAUUCUAAUGAGAUGCAGGUUGAACCUGUCUCAUUACUUUACUUUCUUUACUGAACAUGUACAGUGAUGACUUCUCGGUUGUUAGUAAAUAACCACACUACGUAAUGUCAAUGUCAAACUGGUCAUUAAAUUCAGACUUUCUCCCCUUCUUUGUCAAAAUCACUUGCUCCCAUCUCAUUCAUUUUUGUGAUGUUGUUAUUGCUGUUGUUAUUUUUUACCUCUCUUCUUAGAUUUGUUCUGUGUUUUUUUUUUGUGUGUGCAUUUGUUUUUUCUCCUAUUCAUUACAGCAGAAUGCUGUAAGCUCUCUUAUAAGAUAACCUGAGAUUGUGUGAGUGCGUCUGAAAACAGGUAAUUUAUCAUUGAAUUUAGAUAAUUAUCAACAGACAGAUUGCAAUGUAGAAAAGGAUCCCUCUCCUUAGCACCAUCGCCUCCACCACCAUUAAACGAAAAUGGAUGCAAUCUUUGUAUUAGUUAAAGCUAUUCCAUUGUCCAUUUCUGAUACUCAUCAUUUUGUACUAGUUAGUUUUACUCAUUAACAUUCGUUAUAAUGUUAGUCAUGUCUAAUGUAAUGAUGGGGGCCAGAGUCCAUGUGUGAAGCAAUACUACUGCUACGACAUUGAAAAACCUUAUAUUUCUUUACUUGCUUCUCCUCUUCAACAAUGCUAUAUCGUCUUAUAUGGAGGGAAGAUUCAAGUAAAUACUGUUAAAUACUUUGUUAUUGUUGACUUUACCCGUCAUCCCUUUUGGGUAUAUCAGUCCCAAAUAUAUGUAUAUGACUAAUAUACUUAAAAGUUGAUCAUCCACUCUAAAUAGAGGCCUGUGCCUAGUCAAUACAUCUAUUUAGAGAGGAGAGAGAGAGGGGGGGAGGGAAGAGAAGCAGAUGCAAACUGAAAUGAUCUUUUAUUCACUGGCUGUCAUUUCCAACAGUUUAUUUCAUUUUUAUCAUUGUACAAUGCCUGGAAUCAUAAUUACUAUGGAACUCCCAAAUUUAUGUUGCAGUUUGAUAUUUGUGUCAACUGGCCUCAAUAGCAAUAGAAUGUUUGAAAAAUGUCACUGAGUAUUGAGGAAAUGGUUUAUCUUUUCCAAGAUAUGUUAUAUAUAUGUAUAUAUAAUGCCCUCUUUUCUCUUUCUCUCUCUCACUCACUCUCUCUCCUUCUCUCUCUCUCUCUCUCACUCCUCUCUCUGUUAUUUCUAAAUAUGAACCAACAAAAAUAAACAAAAUUCCAUUUCCAAUGUUGAGGAGCCUGGACAAAUCAUUUUAUUGGUUGCUGUACCAUUACAGUUUUGCUUAUUUAAUUUCAGACUUUAACUAAUGGCAAUGCUAACCAAAUUAACUCUGCAAAUAAUUUUCUCCAUUUUUCCCUGUAAUUCAACUGUAAUGUUCUAUGUUGAAACUUGCCUACAAUCUUCCAGUUUCAGUUGUUGAAGAACUGCCACUCUGACUCUGAUGAAACACUCUGGUUUAAUCUUCUGCUGGAACUGCCAAUCUAAUGUGGGGGCAAGAAUCUGGGGUUGUAUCGUCAGUGCUUCACAAUAGUCUUUCAUCUCCUUAAUGUCUGUCAUCUAGCAACUGACUGGUUAACACAUGUAUUGGAGAUCAUUUGGUUUUUUUUGUGCGUUUUUAUUUGGCAUAUUGCCAUUCAUCCAUGUGAAAAUGACCUUUCUUGUCAAAUAAAAACAUUUGAUUAGA